AAAAGAAAAAACAAGGGUGCUUCCCAAAAAAAGAAAAGAAAAAAAAGGGUGGGUGACGCGGCUCCAAAUCCAGACUUUGCUUGAAAUUACAGAUUUCACCACCCAACCACCCGGAAAUGGAAUGCACGACGUUUUGCCUCACUCUUUACUUCCAGAAGCCGUCACCGAGCUCUCAUCUCACUCUCUCACUCUUACCUCCUCAAUUUCUUCUCCACAGUCCACGUCACACUUCUCAGCACUCGCUCGUCCUUGACUCAAUUCCUUAACUGGGAGAAACUCAGUAUGGCGUCCGAUGAUAAACCUCUCCGAGUCUUCUGUAUUGGAACCGCCGAUACAAAGCUCGAUGAGCUCCGAUUCCUCGCCGAGUCAGUCCGAUCCCAUCUCAACGCGUUCUCCAAUACUUCCUCGCUCAAGGUCCAAGUCUCGGUGGUCGACGUUUCGGCCAGUCAGAGCGAGACCGAUAACAAAACAACCGAUUUCGCUUUCGUUUCGAGAAAGGAGGUUUUGUUUCACUAUUCUGAAGCAUCGGGCCAGCUUCGUGAACUUCCGGAGGACAGAGGCGAAGCUAUUGCUGUAAUGAGCAAAGCGCUCGAGAAAUUUUUAGCGAAAUCUCAAAACGACGGCGUUUUGGCCGGUGCAAUAGGGCUCGGAGGCAGUGGAGGCACCGCUCUCAUAUCUCCUGCCCUAAGAUCUCUCCCAAUCGGAAUGCCUAAGCUCAUCGUAUCGACCGUAGCGAGCGGUCGAACCGAUCACUAUGUGGGAGAAUCCGACCUGGUGCUGUACCCGUCGAUAGUCGAUGUAUGUGGGAUUAAUAGCGUGAGCCGCGUUGUGUUGAACAAUGCUGCUGCUGCGUUUUGUGGGAUGGUGAUUGGGAGAGCUGAGAGAGGUGGAGAUUCGUGCGGUGGGGCAGAGAAAUCGACGGUGGGGCUUACCAUGUUUGGGGUUACGACUCAGUGCGUGAAUGCUGUUAAAGAGAGAUUGGUUAAGGAGGGGUAUGAGACACUGGUUUUUCAUUCCACUGGGGUUGGAGGCAGGGCCAUGGAGUCUCUGGUUAGUGAUGGGUUUAUAAAGGGUGUUUUGGAUAUCACAACAACAGAGGUUGCAGAUUAUGUGGUUGGAGGGGUGAUGGCUUGCGAUACUUCCCGCUUUGAUGCCAUCAUAGAGAAAAGGAUUCCUUUAGUUCUAAGUGUCGGAGCAUUGGAUAUGGUGAACUUUGGAGCUAAGGACACCAUACCAUCCAAUUUUCAACACAGAAAGAUUCAUGAACAUAAUAAGCAGGUUUCAGUCAUGAGAACCACAGUAGAUGAGAACAAGAAAUUUGCUAGCUUUAUAGCAGAUAAAUUGAACAAAUCAUCAUCAAAAGUUGUUGUUUGCCUGCCACAAAAGGGUAUCUCUGCUUUGGAUGCACCAGGGAAGCCUUUCUAUGAUCCGGAGGCCACUGCUUCUCUGAUUAACGAAAUGCAGAGGCUGAUCCAGACAAAUGAAGAUCGGCAGGUAAAGGUGUACCCUCAUCAUAUAAAUGACCAUGAGUUUGCAAAUGCAUUGGUUGACUCAUUUUUAGAGAUUAGUACGAAGAGCUCUAUCCGGUCUCCUCCUUCCCAAGUUUCUAUUCCUGAAUCUAAUCAACAAACUCAUGAAAGUUCUGUUUCAAAGAUGAAUUUAUCAAGCUCUGGGGCCAUUCUGCGGAACCUGAUUGACUUUCCAGAUGCAAGACCAGAAACGUUGCAGCGAACUUGGGCUGUAUUGCAGCAACUCAAAGAUCAAAUAAAUAGAGGAAUUCCAAUUAUAGGGGCAGGUGCAGGGACAGGCAUAUCUGCAAAGUUUGAGGAAGCUGGUGGUGUUGAUCUUAUAGUGGUGUACAAUUCAGGUCGCUUUCGCAUGGCAGGAAGAGGUUCAUUGGCAGGCUUAUUGCCUUUUGCUGAUGCAAAUGCCGUUGUACUAGACAUGGCCAAUGAAGUCUUGCCAGUGGUGAAGAAGGUGCCUGUUCUUGCUGGAGUAUGUGGCACUGAUCCUUUUCGCCGAAUGGAUUUCUUCCUGAGGCAGUUGGAGUCAAUUGGAUUCUGUGGGGUCCAAAAUUUUCCAACGGUUGGUCUCUUUGACGGUAAUUUUAGACAAAAUCUUGAAGAAACUGGAAUGGGAUACCGAUUGGAGGUUGAGAUGAUUGAAAAAGCACAUAAGAUGGGGCUCUUGACAACCCCAUAUGCUUUCAAUCAAGAUGAAGCUGUGCAAAUGGCAUCAGGUGGGGCUGAUAUCAUUGUGGCCCAUAUGGGACUCACUACAUCCGGCUCUAUAGGGGCAAAGACGGCUGUUUCAAUAGAGGAAAGUGUAGUUCGUGUACAAAAUAUUGCAGAUGCUGCACAUAGGAUCAAUCCAAAUGUCAUUGUGCUUUGCCAUGGUGGACCGAUCUCUGGUCCAAGAGAGGCAGAAUUUAUACUUAAGAAUACCAAGGGAGUUCAUGGGUUUUAUGGGGCAUCAAGCGUGGAAAGGCUACCUGUUGAACAAGCUAUAACCUCCACGGUUCAACAAUACAAAUCAAUAUCCAUAAACUGAAGUAUGAUCCGCCUGUUCUCGUAAGCCCAAAUGCAUCACGUGCUAUUGUAUUUGUUUGGUUGCAUCACCAAAAUGUACAAGUUGAUGUUGAUAUUGUUGUCUCAAGAAUCUAGUACCACUUGUAAAAUUGUACGAUCUGAUCAAUAAUAAUUAUAUUUUGGCAAA